AUGGUGACUUCCUCCAAAAGAACUUAUGCCAGCACACUGCUCCUCCCAGCACUGUUGGAGACAACUGCCCCUGACUUUGUGGAAGGCCACUGUCAACUCAUGCCUCUGCCAGAAAUUCCCAAACACUCACAGAUGCCCUGCCUUAAGUCUGAAGAAAAAGUGAAAGACAGCAACAAAGACAUCAACGGUUACUGGACAGGGCAUCUCAUAUGUUGGAAACAGAAUGUCCUAGAGCAAUUUGCCACUGUUUACAGCAGUGGUAGCCUUCAUUGUUGUGAUGGACAUGAUGGGAGAAGAGGCCCCCAGGGGGAGAAGGGAGAUCCAGGUUCACCAGGACCAGCAGGACGAGCAGGAAUGCCUGGACCAGCUGGCCCCAUUGGGCCAAAAGGGGACAAUGGCUCUGCUGGAGAACCUGGACCAAAGGGAGACACUGGACCACCUGGGCCUCCAGGCAUGCCUGGUCCAGCUGGGAUAGAGGGUCCUUCAGGGAGGCAGGGGAGCAUGGGAUCUCCAGGCACACCAGGCCCCAAAGUAAAUACUGGGCCCAAAGGAGGAGUGGGUGCCCCAGGCAUUCAGGGCUCCCCAGGCCCCGCAGGUCUCAAAGGAGAGAGAGGUGCCCCUGGUGAGCUGGGAACCCCUAGAAGUGCUGGCACAGAAGGGCCUGCUGGAGCCAUCAGUCCACAGAGACCUUCAAGUGCUAUGGGCCCACCAGGACUAAAGGGGGACAGAGGUGAUCUUGGAGAAAAAGGAGCAAAGGGAGAGACUCCUCUCUCUUCUGCAAACAUCAGUGCUCUCAGGCAUCAGUUUGUGAUCUUAGAGGGACAGCUACAACGCCUCCAGAAUGUCUCCUUUCAGUGUGAGAAAGCAGUGCUCUUCCCUGAGGGCCGGAGUGUCAGGGAGAAGAUCUUCAAGACAGCAGGCUCUGAAAAAACGUUUCAGGAUGCCCAGCAGAUCUGCACACAGGCCAGGGGACAGUUGCCCUCCCCACAUUCUGCAGAUGAGAACGAGGCCCUGACUCAGCUGGCCACAGCCCAGAACAAGGUUGCUUUCCUGAGCAUGACCGACACCAGGAAGGAGCAUACUUUCAUCUACCUCAUGGGGGAUCCCCUGGUCUAUUCUACCUGGGCCCAUGAGCCCAACAACAGGGUCACUGACAAAGGCCCGGAGAGCUGCAUAGAGAUCUAUUGGGAUGGCAACUGGAGCAACAGAGCCUGUGCUGAGAUGCGCCUCAUGAUGUGUGAGUCCUGA